AAUCAUACAAUAAUAACACUGCGGGGAUUUUUCUGAAAUCCACGCGUUAUAUAAAUCUGUGCCGAGUUUAAAUUAACAUUAGUUUCUGUUGUAAUGUCACUACCAUCAGUACUAACCAAUUAUGGUGUUUAUCGCAACGAAUCCAGAGCUAAAACAAAAUAAACAAAAAUCGCUGGUGAUCCUCGACCUCAAAGAAUGCGUUGCAUUUUUUCUCGUCGUAUUUUUAGCCAUGUUGGCUAUUAUUUUCGCACUUUCGGCAAUCGGGAUUCACUUCAGUGUAACCAAGGACGAUCCUUUGAUCCUUCCUUAUGAUAAAUGGACAAUCCCUCAAAAAUUUUUCAACCGGGAACAAUGGGGUGCUAAACCUCCCCUUAACCAAACCCGUCUCCAACACCCAGUGGAUCUAGUUAUAAUCGGACAUACCGUCACCGAUUUUUGCUGGAAUUUCGAACAGUGUUCACACAUCGUUGCAGCUAUUCAAAACUAUCAUCUCGAAUUAAAAAUGUCAGAUAUUGCGUACAAUUUUUUAAUCGGAGGUGAUGGAAAUAUUUAUGAAGGGCGGGGUUGGGAUGUUGCAAAUUCUCAAAGAAAUCACUCAAUUAGUGUUAGUUUUAUCGGUAAUUUUAUUUUGGAUGAGUUAAAUUUAAAUAUGAUUGAUGCUUUCCAACAACUGAUGAUUGAUGGUGUUAAUGGAGAAAAAUUGAGUAAAAAAUAUAAAAUAAUGUGUCAUAAUCAAACCAAGGCAACGUUAAGUCCAGGUAAAAAUGUAUAUAAAAUUGUGAAAACCUGGCCCCAUUUCCGCUCUGGUGUAUUGAAAAACACGCUUUUUGGAAUGCAACCGGAAGGAACGCUCGCUAACCCGUUAACCAGCGAUGGCGAGGAUACGGUCAGUACUUCUUCAGAGGAUGACAAUGAGUGUGAUGGUGCUGUCGUCUUACACGAAGACGACAGACCGGAAGUACCGUCGUUUGGCAAUAUCUCGGUGAUGAACUCUAAUGAUAUCCACUUUGGAAAUAAAACGUUCUAUCAAGGACCAGUGACUAUUAAACAGUUCUUAUACGCGAAUGGUAAAACCACUAGUGACAAGAGUGAUAGUGAAGUUGUAUUAGAUGCGACGACACUUGCAGAUAGUGGACUUGAAAAUCCGACGUUUGUGAAUGAUAACAAUACUGCGUCGGAGAAGACCAAUGCUGCGAGUAAACCUGCAGUGCAGGAAAAUAGUUCAGGAAUUGUUAAAGGAUUUCGACGAUUACAGAAAUUCUUUCAAGAAAACGUUGUGAUUCUAGUCAGCCUCCUAGCAGUUUUGAUUGUAUCAUUAGCAAUUUUAAUGGUUGUGUUAUUAUUAAGACAUAGUCCUAAUCCCAUCGAAGACGAUCAAAUAACUAGGGAAAAAUUGGAUGAACAGGAGAAAAAUACACCAGUCGACUCGCCAAUAGAUCCCCAGGCAAAUCUGACUCUUCCCCCCAAACUUAAACUUGUCUCCCGUCUGGAAUGGCUUGCCCAACCUCCAGUCCAACCCGCCAACCCUCUCGCUGUUCCCGUCCCCUACGUCAUAAUCCUCCACACGGCCACAGAAAACUGUUCCUCUCAAGCCCAAUGUAUUUUCCACGUCCGUUUCAUCCAAACCUUCCACAUCGAAAGCCGAAGUUGGUGGGACAUUGGAUACAAUUUCCUGGUGGGCGGCGACGGAGAAGCUUACGAAGGCCGGGGAUGGAAAUCAGAAGGGGCACAUACGUACGGAUACAACGCCAAAAGUAUCGGAAUUGCCUUCAUUGGCACUUUUAAUAGUUUUAAACCACCGGAGAGGCAGAUAACGGCUUGCAAACAACUGAUUGCAAAAGGGGUGGAAUUGGGGUUCAUAAGAAAAGAUUAUAAGUUGCUAGCGCACAGGCAGCUGGAAACGACCCAAAGUCCGGGGGCGGCGCUCUAUGAGGAGAUGAAGACGUGGGAGCAUUGGGCGAAAACGCCGUAAUUUUGAAGAUAUUUGCCAUAAAAACACGUCCAAAUUUAUUGUGAUUUUUACUUAGAACUAAAGAGGUCAAUUCUAACUCUACUCGUAACUGUUUUCAAUAUUUUAAUAAGUUUAAGAUAAGACUGAUAUUUUAUUGUACUAUCAAAACAUGAAUAAAGAAGUUAAUUUUA